CCACUUCACAACCGGUGGCAUCCGGAGAUACCGCCGGCUGCAGAGGUUAAAGUGGCUGAGUUUUUCAGAAUAGAAAUGGUGGAUUUUAGCGGCGGAGGAAUCACCAAAGACUACUCUGCUGAUGACAUUAAACAUGUUGAUAACUCUGUUACUUGUUGUUCCGGUAGACUUGAAAAAGAAGCCAUGGGAUCAAAUUUUACCUCUUCACAACCGUUGGCACCCACUUAUACCCCCAGUUGCUGAGGUUCACACGGAUGAGCUCUUUCGGGUUGAGAUGGUGGACUGGACUGGAGGAGUUGUUGGAGAUAAUGACUCUGCUAGUGAUGUACAGUUAAUUGACCUUUCUGUUACCCAUUAUUUGAGUGGCCCAAUUAGGGUUGUGGACAAAGAUGGAGUUCCAGCCAAGCCAGGGGAUCUACUUGUAGUCGAGAUUUGCAACUUGGGUCCUCUCCCAGGAGAUGAAUGGGGUUAUACUGCAACAUUUGACAGAGAAAAUGGAGGUGGUUUUCUUACUGACCAUUUUCCUUGUGCAACCAAAGCUAUUUGGUAUUUUGAAGGAAUCUAUGCAUACUCUCCUCAAAUCCCAGGUGUUCGAUUCCCAGGCUUAACUCAUCCUGGAAUAAUAGGAACUGCUCCAUCGGCUGAACUUUUGAAAAUUUGGAAUGAAAGGGAAAGACAUGUUCAAGAAAAUGGCCUUCAAACUCUAAAGCUUUGUGAAGUUGUGCAUUCACGACCCUUAGCACACCUACCAUCAGCUAAAGGUUGCGCUCUUGGAAAGAUCAAAGAGGGGACAGAAGAAUGGGAAAGAAUUGCUAAUGAGGCUGCAAGAACAAUUCCAGGAAGAGAAAAUGGUGGAAAUUGUGAUAUCAAAAACCUCAGUAGAGGUUCAAAAGUAUACCUUCCAGUAUUUGUAGAAGGAGCAAACUUAAGCACAGGUGACAUGCACUUCUCCCAAGGGGAUGGUGAAGUCUCAUUCUGUGGAGCAAUUGAAAUGAGUGGUUUUCUAGAACUCAAGUGUGAUAUUAUAAGGGGUGGAAUGAAAGAGUACCUGACACCAAUGGGGCCGACUCCUCUGCACGUAAACCCAAUUUUUGAGAUAGGUCCAGUUGAACCAAGAUUCUCAGAGUGGUUGGUUUUUGAAGGCAUCAGCGUUGAUGAAAGUGGGAGGCAGCAUUUUCUUGAUGCCACUGUAGCUUACAAGCGCGCUGUGCUCAACGCCAUUGACUACCUUCACAAAUUUGGGUACUCAAAGGAACAGGCUUAUCUGCUGCUAUCGUGCUGCCCAUGUGAAGGAAGAAUCUCUGGGAUUGUUGAUUCGCCUAAUGCUAUGGUUACCUUGGCAAUUCCCACUGCCAUUUUCGACCAGGACAUUCGCCCAAAACCGAGCAAAGUUCCAAUUGGACCUCGACUAUUGCGAAGACCUGACGUCCUGAAAUGUAGCUACGAUGGGAAUUUGCCCAUCACAAAGAACCCCAGCGCUACAACAUAAAACAUGUGUGGUUCUUUUCAGUUUCUUCUUUCUCUUUUCCUUUUUGUAAAUUUCGGAGAGGGAAUAACCCAAUUCUGUUUCAAUAAAUUAAUUGUCGUUUGACUGUCUGUAACAGUACUAGAGUAAAAGAUAUACAAAAUCUAAACUUUGUUCUA